AUGCCACUAACAACUUAUUACUCUUCCAGGUUCAGUUCAUUUGAAAAGAAAGUGGAUGAUGAAAAGAACACGAACGAUAGCAGAAAAAAAAAGAGGAAGAAAAGGAAGAAAAAAAAGAGGAAGAGUGGUAAGGGAAGCAGUGGUAAUACAAUUUGUCCUAUUCUCGUGUUCAGGGAUUGUGGAUGGCCAUGUUGUCAGCCGUGCAUAAGUCCAGGCUGCCAGGCCUGUUUUAGUCCAGCGUGCUGUCAACCCGGUUGUAAUCUACCAUUCUGUCUUUGUGGAAACAAAGUAAUGAUGCUACAAAUUUUGAUGAUGAGGUCGGAGGUUGAAGGAAAAAGUUAUGAAGAUGGCGAUGAAUGUGAUGAGCGAGUGUUUUAG